UUCGUCCAGUUGCUGGAGGAGGAGCUGGAGGAGUUCAACAACUUCUUUUCGUUGAGAAGGAGGAAAGAGUACAUCAUCAGACUCAAGGAAUUGAGAGAUAGGAUUGGCAAGUCCAAGGACUCAAAGGAGAAGAUGAUGAGCAUAAGGAAAGAGAUCGUUGAUCUCCAUGGAGAGAUGGUUCUUCUCGAGAACUACAGUGCUCUGAACUACACAGGAUUGGUUAAGAUACUGAAGAAGUACGACAAACGAACCGGUGACCUCAUGCGCUUGCCUUACAUCCAAAAAGUUCUUCAGCAACCCUUUUACACUACCGACUUGCUGUACAAGCUGAUCAAGGAAUCCGAGGCGAUGCUCGAUUGCUUCUUCGAGUCGGUCGCUGCUGAUGCAACAACAGAGUCUGAUGAGAGUAGUAGUGUCCACCAAGCAGAGCACAAGUUCAUGGAGAGCCUCCACAUGAAAAGUACAAUAGCUGCUUUGCGUGUGCUGAAAGAAAUCAGGAGCAAAAGCUCCACUGUGAGCGUCUUCUCCCUGCCGCCGCUCCAGUUAAACGGGUUAGACAAGAUUCCCUUGUUGGAGCAAGAAGCCAAAUAGAGAGGAAAGAAGGCACUGCUCUUUCCACUUCUAUUACAGUAGAAAGCUAACAUAUUAUAAAAACCAUACAUUAUAUCAAUGUCUUUGGUCCUUUUAAAAGUCCUUAGGAGUUGUAACUUUGUUACUGUGUUUGGUUUGUAGUAAUUUGAUAUAAUAUACCACUUUCAGAUU